AUGGAAACGCGCUCAUUUAAUAAGAUCAAAAUACCGGACCAAAUCGGAAAAUAUAAAGUACUGGAUAUACUAGGCUAUGGCGGCUUUGCAGUUGUUGUUUUAGCUCAAGAUAUAAACACUCAGGAAAAAUGUGCAAUAAAGAUCAUAGAUCGAAAAGAAAUAACAAAGCAAAACUUUUUACUAUAUCUAGAAAACGAACUUCGCUUGUCAGAACGGUUUAACCACCCCAAUAUCGUUAAAGUUUUUGAAAUUAUUUACGAACCAGAUACCAUAAUGAUUGUAAUGGAAUAUCUUUCCAAUGGUGACCUACAAACUCUCCUCGAACAAAAUAUUAAUUUUACAAUCCAAGAACAAUUUCGCAUUGGCCUUGAGUUGCUACAGGCUAUUAAAUAUCUUCAUGACAGAGGUGUAUGUCAUCGUGAUAUCAAGCCAAGCAAUAUUUUAUUUGACGAUGAUUUUCAUCCAAAAAUUAUUGAUUUCGGAGUUUCCAAAGAACAAUCAGAAGCAUUGAGCACGUAUUGUGGAACCUCAUUUUAUAUGGCCCCUGAGAUUGUUAAAAAUAAAAUCUAUGACGGGAAGAAAGUUGACGUAUGGGCAUUUGGCAUAACAAUGAACUUGAUUACAGAGAAGAGAUUUCCAUGGAAUAAGAUCUUAAAUGAUGCUCAAUUCAUCAAACUGGUAACACAAAAUAAGCUUGAAAUUUGUGUAGAUCAAAUUGGCAUAAUUGGAGAUAUUAUUAGUAGAUGCCUUGUGAUUGACCCUAAUGAAAGAGCUUCAAUAGACGAUUUAUUAAAGUACAUUGAGGAAUGGCAAGCAAGUAGAGUGUUUAUUAGUAGAUCAAGACAAUCAACGAAAACCUGCAAGGGAUCUUUGUUACCUAAACUAUACUCACCUAAUAGUAAUAAUUCCACGCCUUUCGUUGGUAAAAUAUUUAGCCCACUGGAUAAAAAGGUUUUGAAGAAGCUCAGUUUUACUGUGCGUAGAAGAAGCCAUGACCCACCUAGGCUUUGA